UGGACACGUCGCUCAGGACAUCCUCCCUUACGUUUGUAUAUACGAAGAUUGCAAUGUCCCCGAGAAAAUGUAUUUAACAUCGUCUGACCUGCUGCAACACAUACAGAGUGACCAUUGCUUGAUCAAAUGGGCUUGUGACUACUGUGACGGGAAGGUCAAAGAACAGAGCUUUGUGUUUGAAAGCCGAGAAAGCUGGGAGACCCAUAUGCUACAAGCUCAUCCCCAGAUAGCAUCGGCUCAGUUGCCGUCUCUCGAGAGGGUUAGUCGACGAAGCAUGGCGGGGCCGAUCUCCUGUCCUUUAUGUGCAUUCGAGGGUGACGGCUCAGGAGCAACACUCGACAACCAUAUUGCUCAGCAUCUUCAUGAGUUUGCCUUACGGUGCUUGCCGUGGGGCACCAGCGGAAAUGACAGGGAUUCGGUAAACACGAAGUCUGCCGGUGGCCCACUUUCAGACGGCCUCUCUAACACCAACGAAGAGAGCGUAUUUGUGGAUGAAAAAUUCUGUGAGACUGAGAACCCGGGAGAUAUUUCAUGGAGGCUAGAGAAUCUGUUUCGCUUCUUUGAGUCCCCUCAAUACGAAAAAUUCCUGAGCCACCGACGCCAUAUACCAGAUGGACGCGACCUCAGUGAGCAACUAAGCUCUGUGACAGAAAAGUACAAGGAACGUUACUACGCUGGCACCAUGUCUCCGUCCACGGCUGAGGCUGUGUCGUCUAAGCUGAGGAAGCUUCUGUUAAUGAUGCGAGAGGGAUUGGGGAUCUAUGAUUACAGCAGGCCGUCCGACACGGAGAGCUCGCUGUAUGGACAAUUGGAGCCAGCUCUAAUCUUCCGGAGGACCGUCAUUCAUGAGCUGGAGUUCCUAGAAGCCAAACUAAUGGAUGAUAGCGGGGAGCCCGAUCCCCUGAUCAGUAAGUCCCACCGCCCAUUGUUCAAGCCCUACAGAAAUUUAACACUUAUUGGCAUCCAAAGCGAACGUACCGGCAACAGAUGAGGAUCAAAUCAUUCCUCUUGAUUCUUCUGUUGCUGAUGAUCGAGACACUUCGUCUGUCGGAGACUUCGGCUUGCCAUCUAGCGAUAUUCCAGGAUACACGAACACGAGCCCACUCCAUAUCGCGGCUUGGAGAGGGUCCU